GCCAGUGUCACUAUUCUGUUGUUACAUACAUACGUCUAGUUAUAUACAUAUAUAACAUGCUUUCUGCGUCCCGUACCGCUGCCACCGGUGGUGUGGCUCGACUAGCCGUGCGCCACUAUGCCAAAGAAAUUAAAUUUGCGGCAGAUGCUCGCGCGCAAAUGAUUGCGGGGGCAAACAAACUGGCCGAUUGUGUAGCCGUCACCAUGGGGCCCAAGGGUCGCAAUGUCAUCAUUGAGCAGUCUUUCGGCGGACCCAAAAUCACCAAGGAUGGUGUCACCGUUGCUAAAUCCAUCGAACUCGAGGAUAAGUUUGAGAACAUGGGUGCGCGCCUAAUACAGGACGUUGCCAACAAGACCAACGAUAUCGCUGGUGACGGUACCACCACCGCCACUGUGCUUGCUCGCGCCAUUGCCGUAGAGGGCUUCAACAAAGCUUCGGCUGGCUUGAACCCACUCGACUUGCGAAGAGGCAUCUUAUCUGCUGUCGAUGCCGUGGUGAAGAACCUCAAGGCAAUGUCCAAGCCUGUUACCACAACAGAAGAGAUUAAGCAGGUUGCCACUAUCUCUGCCAAUGGCGAUGAAGACGUUGGUCAGCUUAUCGCCAAAGCCAUGGAGAUCGUCGGCAAGGACGGCGUCAUCACUGUCAAGGACGGUAAGACCAUGGAGGAUGAGCUUGAGGUGGCCGAGGGUAUGAAGUUCGACCGUGGCUUCAUCUCACCAUUCUUCAUCACAAAUCCCAAGGCAAGCCGAGUUGAGUUCCAGAACCCCUUGAUUCUUCUAACGAGCAAGAAGAUCUCCUCCAUUCACCAGAUUGUCAAGCCUCUGGAAAUUGCCAUCGGAGAGCGCCGUCCGCUAAUUAUCGUCGCUGAGGAUGUUGAUGGCGAGGCUCUAUCUACCAUUGUAGUGAACAAGCUGCGCGGUCAGUUGAAUAUCUGCGCUGUCAAGGCCCCCGGAUUUGGAGAUAACCGAAAGAACACUCUGCACGAUAUGGCGGUGAUGACUGGUGGUAUUGUUGUUGGUGACGAAGAUCUUGGCCUGAAGCUUGAGGAUGUUGUUGCCGAGCAGCUAGGUACCGUACGCGAGGCUGUCAUCACCAAGGACGACACCCUGUUCAUGGAGGGAGCCGGUGAGAAGAGCGCUAUCGAGGACCGCUGUGGUGAGAUUCGUACUAUGAUCGAGGGCACUUCUUCUGAGUACGAGAAGGAGAAGCUGCAAGAACGUCUAGCCAAGCUUUCCGGUGGAGUUGCUGUCAUCAAGGUCGGAGGUGUAUCUGAGAUUGAGGUUGGAGAGAAGAAGGACCGUGUUACCGAUGCGCUCAACGCCACCCGUGCUGCCGUAGAGGAGGGUAUCGUUCCAGGUGGAGGUGCUGCGCUUAUCCGCUCCAUCGCUGCGCUGGAUACCGUCAAGACCCACACCUUUGACCAACAACAAGGUGUAGACAUUGUGCGAUUCGCCCUAAAGGCCCCCUGCAAGCAGAUCUGCAACAACGCCGGCGAAGAAGGUUCAGUUGUCGUUCAAAAUAUCCUUAGCAACGAGAACCCUAACUACGGAUUCAACGCCGGAACCGGAGAGUACUGCGAUGUUGUAAAGGCUGGAAUUAUUGAUCCCACCAAGGUUGUGCGUACUGCUCUUGUAGAUGCCGCUGGUGUUGCAUCUCUGCUGAUCACCACUGAGGCUAUGGUUGUAGACAUCCCGAAGGAGGGUGGCGCUGGCAUGCCUCCAAUGGGAGGUGGCAUGGGUGGCAUGGGCUUCUAAGGAGAGGCUACAUACUGCACUGCGUUCCACGACAAAACAUAUAGACACUUUGUACAUUAAGUAUACCUGACAGCGGUAUACAAACAGAAAGGACUGGAUUCCUUGGACACUAGAUAAACGUCUCAUUGAACAUGUGAUAACUGUGAAUAUAUUAAUCGUUGUAAAAGUUUAUCUUGUUCUUCAGUAGAUUUGACGUUAUUAUUGUUCUUUCAUUAUAAUUAGUUACUGUUGUAUUUGAGUUUUCACAACAACUUCGUUUGCAAAUCAAUUCAUCUUCUUGAAUGGUGUGUUUUUAAUUGAGUGGCUAGUUUUUAAUAUGCAACAGCAGGAUAGCAUGUUAUUUGGUAAGAAACUUGAUAACGAUCAUUUUGCACUGAAUGACGGACAACCAAUACAGUAAAGAUGACUCCAUUUGGAGUGAAAAUAUAUUCAAUGAAGUAGGGAAUAAAUAGACACAGUAGCAAUCUGAAAAGGCAGAAUUGCUAUACAGGUAGCAGCAUAGCAUAGGCAGGACAAUAACGUGCGCGGCAUCGUCGAGGGUGUUGAUGGUUUGAUAUUACAAACUAGUUUCUAUUUAUUUUUCUCGAUUCGUGCGACACCUGAAUAUUCGCAGAAAAGUUGAGGUUAUUUCUCACAAAGAAAAAGCGUAUAUCUCGCUUUGCGAAUUGCGCGAUUCAUUUCCCGGGAUCGACCAUUGUCUUGCUCACAAGUCUAUUUAAUUAAUGAUAUAUUCACUAACAUAACAUUCACAGACGCGAAUAAAUUCAAAUCGAGAAUCUCUUGACGCGGGAAUCCAAUGGUUUGUGUGCGUGUCUAUGUUAGAUGAACUUACGCC